AUGGGGGUGAAGAGAAGCCUGCAGAGUGCCGGCUUGACGCUGGGCGUCUUGGCCAACAUCCUCGUAGUGCUGGCCACUGCCACCGACUUUUGGAGCCGCUUCUCCAAUGGCCACAAUGGACUGUGGCGGACGUGUGGAAAGAACAACUGUACCAAUGCCCCCUGCGAGACCAUGCUGUCGGCAACAGCGGCCUGUGUGGUGUUGGCCGCUGGCUCGGGCCUCGUGGCCUCCAUGAUGGGCACCCGAGUCCUGCACGCGUCCAGGGACGGGAACCUUAUCCCACCCCGGGGCCGGAACGCCUGCCUAGUCUUCUUCCUGAGCGCGCUGCUGCUGCUGGCAGGCAUGGUGGGCUACACUGCGCGGGACGCGUGGAAGGUAGACAGCUUCUUCUCCUGGUCCUACUUCACCGCCUGGCUAGCCCUGCCCUUCUCCAUCCUCGCAGGUUUCUGCUUCCUCUUCGCGGACAUGAUCCUGCAGAGCACGGACGCCAUCAGCGGUUUCCCGGUGUGCUUGUGAGCCCAGCGAAGCUGGCCGGAGGACCUAGGCUAAUAAAGGCGCUUCCCUCCCCCA